CCGGGCCUCCCCGCGCGACAUGGCCAGGAAGACAGUUAGCAGGAAGAGGAGAGCGGCCGCCCCCGCCGCGGGGCCCGGCGGAGAGCAGUAUGGCUGGGAUCACUCGGUCCACAAAAGGAAGCGGCUCCCUCCGGUUAAAAGGUCUCUGGUGUGCUACCUGAAAGGAAGGGAGGUGCGCCUGCAGAAUGAGUCCAGCUACCACCGGCUCUUGCACGGGUACGCAGCCCAGCAGCUGCCCAGCCUCCUGAAGGAGCGGGAAUUCCACCUUGGGACUUUGAACAAAGUGUUUGCGUCUCAGUGGCUGAACCACCGGCAAGUGGUGUGUGGGACGAAAUGCAACACGUUGUUCGUGGUCGAUGUCCAGACUGGUCAGAUUACCAAGAUCCCCAUUCUGAAGGAUCGAGAGCCUGACAUGGUCAACCAGCAGGGCUGCGGGAUCCACGCCAUCGAACUGAACCCUUCGAGGACCCUCUUAGCCACUGGAGGUGACAACCCAAACAGCCUGGCGAUUUAUAGAUUGCCUACGCUCGAUCCAGUGUGCGUAGGAGAUGAUGGACACAAAGAUUGGAUAUUUUCUAUUGCAUGGAUCAGUGACACCAUGGCUGUUUCUGGUUCCCGAGACGGCUCAAUGGGGCUGUGGGAAGUGACGGACGACGUCCUGGCCAAGAGUGACGCGAGGCGGAACUUGUCCCGAGUUCCGGUCUACGCUCACAUAACACACAAGGCUCUGAAGGACAUCCCCAAGGAGAAUACCAACCCAGACAACUGCAAGGUCCGGGCGCUCGCCUUCAACAACAGGAACAAGGAGCUGGGAGCAGUGUCCUUGGACGGGUACUUCCAUCUCUGGAAAGCCGAAUAUACGCUAACAAAGUUGCUCUCGACAAAAUUACCCUACUGUCGAGAGAACGUGUGCCUGGCCUAUGGGCAGGAGUGGUCUGUGUAUGCAGUUGGGUCUCAGGCACAUGUAUCUUUCCUGGACCCCCGGCAACCUUCCCACAAUGUCAAGUCUGUCUGUUCCAGGGAGCGAGGCAGCGGUAUUCGCUCUGUGAGCUUCUACGAGCACAUUAUCACGGUGGGGACCGGGCAGGGCUCGCUGCUGUUCUACGACAUCCGGGCCCAACGGUUCCUGGAUGAGAAACCGCCGCACAGUUGCUGCGGAUCAAAACUGGGAAGCGGCGAAAUUCUCAAGCUGUCCACUGGCAAAGGUUGGCUGAAUCAUGACGAAACCUGGCGGAAUUACUUUUCAGACAUCAGCUUCUUCCCGAAUGCCGUUUACACCCACUGUUACGACUCGUCUGGCACGAAACUCUUUGUGGCAGGAGGCCCCCUUCCGUCUGGACUCCACGGGAAUUACGCUGGUCUCUGGAGCUAAUAACUCUGUUUCUGAACCAGGAUAUCCAGUGCGAUUUUUCUCUG